AUGGAAGAAAAUGAAAGCCAGAAAUGUGAGCCGUGCCUUCCUUACUCAGCAGACAGCAGACAGAUGCAGGAACAAGGAAAAAGUAAUCUGCAUGUAACGUCAUUAGAAGAUGCAGAAUGCCGCAGAACCAAGGAACGCCUUUCUAAUGGAAACAGUCUGGGUUCAGUUUCCAAGACUUCCCGCAAUAUCCCGAGGAGACACACUCUAGGUGGGCCCCGAAGUUCCAAAGAAAUCCUGGGAAUGCAAACAUCUGAGAUGGAUAGGAAGAGAGAAGCUUUCCUAGAACAUCUAAAGCAGAAGUACCCCCAUCAUGCCACCGCCAUCAUGGGCCACCAGGAGAGGCUGAGAGACCAG